UCGCUCGCUGACAGAUUGAAAUUUGAGGUUAUACUGUCAAUAUUACAAAAUUCUAUAAAUUGUAUCAUCCUAAAAUCUCAUAAAAGCUAAAAUAGCCAUGGAUACGUUAUCUACGGGAUCCCUCUCUGGGGCACAGAAAGAGGAGUUGAUGGACCAGGUUAAACAACAAAUUGCCAUAGCGAACGCUCAAGAGCUCCUGACGAAAAUGUCGGAAAAAUGUUUCAAAAAGUGUAUCAAUAAACCGGGUACAGCGUUAGACAAUUCUGAACAGAAAUGCAUAGCAAUGUGUAUGGAUAGGUAUAUGGAUGCAUGGAACCUGGUGUCGCGAACGUACAGCAGUCGUAUCCAGCGAGAGAGGAGCAACAUGUGAAAGCGAUCGUGGGGACCUAAGGGCUGCAUGCCAUCGCGUCACUGUAAAUAUAGACAACUUAGUAGUUACAAAAAGCAUUUCAAAUUGUGAGUUGCGGCUGCCAGUUAUGUUAAUGUGUUCAAUAAAAAUACUUUAGGUUG